GAGGCACCGACGCAGGUUUACUAUGCCAUGGUGGAAACUAGUGUAUAGUGUCCGUUUGUGUGUGCCGUCAAACCGAUUAGGUAGCGGUUGAUUUCAACGUUCCGAAUAAUAUUUUGGUUGAUAUUUUAGUGAAUAGGUAAUUAUAAUUGGUGCGUGUGUUUCCGAACGGUUGUUAACAGUGUAAUGAUAAAUAAGUUUUCAAACGAGGUGUAGUUGAUUUGACGCAUUUUUCAUAAUACCCAACACACACGCUCCAAAAACUUUAAAGUAAAAUUUUGACUUUAGUCCGGGGAGAUAACCUCGUCCCGAAAACAAUUUUCCAAAUGUCGAGCUGUGCGGUUUAUUUUUAUACAAUGCAAUAAAAAUUCGAUUGCUAUUGUGCCGGUCCAGUGAUUUUAAAUGAAAAUAGUCUAGUGUUCAGAAUUUGUUACUCGGGCGUGAAUACACUCUGUUGUAAAAAUCGCAUAGUGAUGUACCGUCUGGGGUACUACUGCUGUACGGUCGUGGUGUGAAAAAAUGAUGUGAUCGGGCGGUCGUCAUGGCGGCACCCAUGCUAAAGUGGAAGCGAAUCACAAAUCCGACCGGGCCCCAACCAAGACCGAGACAUGGGCACCGGGCGGUCGCUAUCAAAGACCUCAUGGUCGUCUUCGGCGGUGGUAACGAGGGAAUUGUUGAUGAACUCCACGUAUACAAUACAGCAACAAACCAAUGGUUCGUUCCUUCGACAAAGGGGGAUAUACCUCCCGGCUGUGCAGCCUACGGAUUCGUAGUUGACGGCACAAGAAUUUUAGUAUUCGGGGGAAUGGUAGAGUAUGGAAAGUACUCAAAUGAGCUGUACGAGCUCCAAGCGAGUAGGUGGGAAUGGAAGAGAUUAAAACCAAAGCCCCCUAAACACGAACAACCUCCUUGCGCGAGGUUGGGUCACAGUUUCACCUUGAUUGGAAAUAAAGUUUUCCUCUUCGGGGGACUAGCCAAUGACAGUGACGACCCGAAGAACAAUAUACCAAGAUAUCUGAACGAUCUGUACACUUUGGACCUUCUUGGUAACGGAGUAACAGCCUGGGAUAUGCCCCAGACUCAUGGGCACGCUCCGCCACCUAGAGAAUCGCACACAGGAGUCGCCUACACAGACCGUACAACUGGAAAAUCCUGCCUGGUCAUCUACGGUGGGAUGAGCGGUUGUCGAUUGGGAGAUCUCUGGUUCCUCGACGUCGACACCAUGACUUGGAACAAGCCAUUGGUACACGGGCCCACUCCGCUGCCUCGCUCUUUGCACACUGCUACUUUAAUAGGUCAUCGAAUGUACGUAUUUGGUGGCUGGGUUCCACUGGUAGUCGAUGACGUCAAAGUGGCAACGCAUGAAAAAGAAUGGAAAUGCACAAGCACAUUGGCUUGUUUAAAUUUAGAAACGUUGACCUGGGAGCAGCUGACGGUCGACUCUCUAGAAGAGAACGUCCCGAGAGCCAGGGCUGGGCAUUGCGCGGUCGGUGUACACAGUCGUCUUUACGUAUGGUCCGGUAGAGACGGCUAUCGCAAAGCGUGGAACAACCAGGUUAGGGUCUGCUGCAAAGACUUAUGGUACCUGGAAGUCAGCAAACCGCCGGCACCCUCGAAAGUUCAAUUGGUAAGAGCGUCGACCCAGUCACUGGAAGUCAGCUGGACCGCUACGCCGUCCGCCCAGUACUACAUCCUGCAAAUACAAAAAUACGACAUGCCGCCCUCGACGGGGACCUUCCCCGCCGCCGCCGCGCCCGUAAGCGCGGCCCCGGCGGCGCCCCCCGCUGUGGCCCCGGCCCCGGCUCCCGCCGCCGUUUCGUCGCCCCAGGUAGCGCCGGUCGGCUCGAUCCCCACGACGCCCUCCGUCGUGAGGCAGCAGCCGGUGCCCCAAACGCCCAUCCGCAUCCAGGCGACGGUUCAGAGUCCCGCCAAUCAGAAGGCCAUCCAGUCACCCGUGGUGGCCAAACCCGCGAGCCCCAUGACCCCCAGGGUACAGGGUAAUCUGAUACGCAUCCGUUCGCCGCUGGUGACAACCGUAUCCCCCGCUACGGAACAGGGGGCGUCCCCCAGCGCCGCUUCCGGUGGUCAGUCGCCCGCCGCGGCUAUGUCGGGUAUCCAGGCGUUGGCCGCGGCCGCGGCGGCGACGCAAAAGAUCAGCAUGAACAACGUACAGAUCCUUCCGCAGUCCGCCGGCAACACGAUUAGAAUGAAGAACGUCCAAGCCGGUCAGCAGAUACGUUUCGCGGCUCCCGGUGCCACGGUACUGAGGGCGGCCUCGCCGCAGCAGAGCAAACAAAUAAUCCUCCAGAAACCGGGGCAAAACAUCACCGGGCAACCGCAGAUCGUCCAUUUGCUGAAAGCGGGUCAGGGAAUGGUCGCCGCCGUUCCCAAGGUAAGUCUGAUCCAGGGGAAAACCAUGCAAGGCGCCGGGGCCAAGCCCCUCAAUCAAGGACCUACGAUUCUGAGACUCGUCAAUCCGAACACCGUCGCGGGCUCGAAGGUCCUCACGACCGUGAAGACCUCGAAUCUCGUAGCGAUGAGCAAGGGGCAGAGUAUCGCCGGUAAACAGACGAUAAUGAUAACGAAACCGGGUGGUAACGGGGGCCUCGUCGGCAGGACCAAUCAGAUAAUCGUCGUGACGACCGGUUCCGGUCUCAGGGCGGUACAGGCGGUCACCACGUCUCAGGCGGGUUCCGGUCAGCCGGGUAAUCUAACCACUCCGGUGAACGUGCUUCCUCUGUCCGCCACGAACCACGUGACCAAUCAACAGGGGGUCAAGAUGAUCGUCGUUUCUUCCGGUGCUAUGGGGGGAGGUACGGCGGGCAAACCGAUAACGAUCACGGUUCCGGGCCAGGGGGGAAUACCGAAGACCGUCACUAUAGCCACCAAGGGUGGACAGCAGGCGCUUUUCAACGCUUCGAAAAAUCAGAUCGUCACUAUGCCGCAGAUGCAGAAGACAACGGAGGCAGGUACCGUUUCCGGUAAGCCCGUAACGCUCCAAAUGUCAGGCGGCAUUGGCGCCAAAACCGUGACACUGGUGCCCACCAGCAGCUCGAUGGUAACGACAGCCGGGACCUCCGACCUGAUAGACACGAGCAAAAUGAUAUUCGUACCCUCGCAAAAACAGCCGUCCGCUUCGCUCGCGUCGACGUCCGACGGACCGGCGACGACGGACGCGGCGUUGGCCGCUCUCGCCGCGGAGGCCGGUCUGAUCGACCCCGUCCAAGAACCGUCGGGCGGUUUGUCCUUCAUGGUGUCCGCCGACGACGCUGCCGAAAUGGACGGCAAAGGCGACAGUUGCAACGGAAACGAGGCGGCGGUCCUGGCGGCCCAAUUGGGCGCCGGCGAACCGAUGCAGGUCGACAACGAGGGAAAUUUCAUCAUACCGCAGGUGGACGGUCCGGCGGACAUCCUCAUGGAGGACGACGAGGACGACGGUGAGGACGAACCGCCCGCGGACGAGAGCGUCGAUGACCACCGGGAGGUCGACGAGAAUCACGAAAUGGAGGAAGAAGACGCCGAGGCUAUGGCCACCGACGUCGAGCUCAGACUCCAGGAGGCUCUGCCCGAGGAGAACGAGGACACGGAAACGGAGACGAAGAUGGACGCGGCGUUGCCGAGUCCCGCGGAAAUAGCCGCCCUCGAAACGGAAGCCCCUCCGGAGGACGAGGUCCUCGACGAGGAGAAGAUCAAGGUGGAGGACCUGGACCUGGAGCCCGGCGAAGGUAACGAACGGGCGCCGGAGCCGCUCGACGAGGGCGAAAACCUCGGCGCCGACGGCGUCGAGGACGAGCGCGAACCGAAGGUGGAGACCGCGAGUCCCCUCGCGGAAGAUAAAGCCGCGGAAUCCGAACCGGAUGCCGAUCGUUCGCACGACGAGGAAGAGGAGCACAGAGAAGAAGAUGUCCGUAGUCCGCAUUUGUUGGAAGCGGAAACCGACAUGGCGGUCGAUCAGUCGGACUCCGACAACGUUUCUCAGGCUGAUUCGCAACCACCCAUGGACGACGGGGUUUCCCAGGACUCGCAGACCUCUCAGGACGAAACGGACCCCCUGAAAACCGAAGACGACCCGGACAACGAGGCGCUGAAAUUGGCCCUCGAGGAUCCACCGUCGCCGGUAGUCAAGCUCGAACCGAAGGAGGAAGAACCGGCGAAAGUCGAGGCCGAACCGACGCUACCCAACGAGACUCCGAUCCCCGCGAGUCCUUUGAUCCAGCCGAAACCCGAGGAGAAAGAGGAGCCGAUGGAAGAAGAAGAGGAGGAGGAGGAGGAGGAACAGGAACCGGAACCGGAACAGGAACCGGAACAGGAGGAGGAGGAGGAGGAGGAGGAAAAAUUACCGGAGCCCAAAAUAGCUGCAAACGCAACAAGUGCCACCACGAACGGCGUGGCUACGCCCGCAAAAUCGGCGCCGGCGGCCUCGCCGGUUUUGAAAACCGAGCCCAAGGACGACAAGGAUAAGGAAGCGACUACGACGACGACCGGGGACUCGACCGCUCUCACAACCCUGGCCACCGCCGCGCUCGGUUCCGCCGCCGGACCUCCGGCGAAGGUCAAGUCCGAGAUGACCGAGGAGGAGAAAAAGGACGCCGACUGGUUCGACGUCGGCGUCGUGAAAGGUACGACGUUCACCGUCCAACACUAUUAUCUACCCGGCGAGGAGCCGAUCGACACCACGCAACCCUUGCCGGCUGACGUCUUCAAGGGCAGAUCGAAGAUCCUCCUGGAACCGGGUACCGCCUACAAGUUCAGGGUCGCCGCUGUCAACAGUUGCGGCAAAAGCGGCUGGAGCGAGGUUUCCGCCUUCAAGACCUGCAUGCCCGGUUUCCCCGGGGCGCCGAGCGCCAUAAAAAUAUCAAAAUCGGCCGAAGGCGCUCAACUGUCGUGGGAACCGCCGCCCAGCAAUUUGGGUCCUAUACUGGAGUACUCCGUUUACUUGGCGGUGCGGAGCGCCAGCGCUGUAUCGAACAGCGCCGGCGAAGCUACCACCGUAGUGACGACACCCACCCAACUGGCGUUCAUAAGGGUUUACUGCGGACCGACGAACGCCUGCUCCGUACCGAACAGUUCGCUAAGCGCUGCACACGUCGACACCACGACGAAACCCGCCAUUAUAUUCAGAAUAGCCGCGCGCAACGACAAGGGAUACGGACCGGCCACCCAAGUCAGGUGGUUGCAAGAUCCGACUACGGCGGUAAAGAGUAUCCCUCAAGUCAAAAGGCCAAUCGCUGAUGGUAGAACGCAGGUUAAUUCUCCCCUGAAAAAAGUGAAGUCAGAAAGUGGCGCCGAGAAUUUUUCGUGAGCAAAAAGAAAAACAAACAAAAACAAAAACAAAAAUAAUAAUAAUAAUCAUUUUUGUCCUCUAUCCUUGAAACCACGCUCUCCCAUACAAAUAGCAACAGUUUUUCCUUUGUGCUUUUUUUUUUUUUUUUUUUUUUUUCCCCAUCCCCCCUCUCCUAUUGGUCACGUGUAAUGUGGUUAUUUUUUAUUUCUUGGGUUUAUCGUAUGUCCUGGUAAAAUGAAGGAACAAAAAAAAAAAAAAGAAAGAAAAAAAAACAACCACAAUUAUCGAUGUUAGAAUUAUUAGAACAUGGUAUUUUACUAUUGCUGAAAAAACAAAACAAAAAUAACACUAAAAAACAGAGGAAAAAAAAAAUAACGAAGGUAAGAAAUAACUGACGAAUGAAUUGACACGCGGUAUGGAUAUGAACAGAUAAUUUUAACAACCCCCCCCCAUUCUUCCACUGACUAACAAUAAGUUCAAUAACACGGUACGUACAGUGGGCCGGAGAGCUGCAACGAGGUAAAAUACUGACAAAAAUUUUUGAGAGAAAGAAAAUGAAAUGAAAUGAAAUGAAAUAAAUAAAUAAAUAAUUAAUUAAAUAAAUGAAACGACUGUUUCAGUACGAGAUACAGUGUGAGAAAAAAAUACGAUUUAUAAAUAGCUAGUUGAAGAAAGAAAAGAAAAAUAAAAAAGAAAGAAAAAAAAACGGGACAGAAUGAGAAGGGAAUAAGCGGUGUAAAUUUACGAAGCGAGGGUUAAGUUCGGUAGAUGUGAAGUGCUCGAAGUUAUUCGAAUUAUCGAUGAAAGAAAUGAAAGGGGGAGUAAAAAUAAAUUUAAAAAAAAUUAGAUGAAGGUGUUCCUCACCUUCCGGUAACAAAAAGUUGACGACUUAUCAUCGGCGAGAGUAAACGGGAAGAUGUAAAAAAAUUUUAGGAAAAACAAAAAUUAACUGAUUUUAAUGAACAUCUUCCGCAAGUUUAACCCUCGCUUCGCUCCUUGACACGUGUCUGCCUGUCAUUGCGAACUCGUUCGAAAGAAGAAUGAAAAAAAAAUGAAUAAAAAAAAGAAACUUGGAAAAAGAGAAAGAAUAAUUUGUAUGAUAUCUUCAAUAAAUAAAAAUCGAAUGAUAAUUUCAUUAUUUACAAAGUUUGAUAAAUUUUACAAAAUUUGUAUUGUCGAGGAAGGAAACGUAAUAAAAUUUGAAAGAAAAUUAAAAAAAAAACCAAAAAAAACCAAAAAAAAAAACAAAAACUGAGAAUCGAAAAAUUGUAAAUUAAUAACGGUUAGAUCAGCAAAGAAGUAUGUCGUCGUUCGAUUGUUAUGAAAACAUCAGGAACACAAAGAAAUCUGUAUCGAUCUAAACUGUUGUUUCUCAAUUGUUAUUGUUCGAAAACAGGUAUGGACAAUUAGAACGAAGUACAAUUGAAUCGUCCGACCGUACUUACGAUCAAUUAUUACUGCACUUGGACAUAUCUUUUGGGAGGACAGGGGAAAAAAUUUAUUGUCAGUUGUUCGAGAAAAGAUUCACGACGAGGGCAAAAAAAUAAUUCAAAUUCACGAACGGGUAUAGGGAAGAGAAAGAAAGAAACGAAAGAAACGAAAAAUACGAAUAUACACUAUAUUAUAUAUUUGAUAAAAGCUUGACACGCGUUUCAACGGUUUUCGAAAGACUGUCUUAACACGUUUUUUGAAUUUUCUUUUUUUUUUUUCGAUUACGAAAAUUUAUCAAGCCUUCUUUUCUUUGUCCAUGCCCUGAUUCAAUUCUUUGAGCUUGCCAAGAAGAAAAAAAAAAAAAAAGAAGAAAGUAAAAUUUCUUUCGCAAAUUAAUCAAAUAAAAGAAGAAUAAAAACUGUACCCUGUGUCGCACAGCCCCCUGAGAAGGAGACUCGUUUAUUGGACAACUAAUAUGUUUUAGAAAAAAAAAAAAAAAAGAAACAUUUUUUUAGGGGUUAGAUUCUUCGGAAUUUAACGAAGAAAAUAUUUCUGCUAAUUUUUGCGACGAUCGAAGUGAUGAAAAUCGUCUGAUCUACAAAUGCGGUGUAUCCUAUAAGCUGUAAAUAAAUAUAUCAGGAUAUAAGCGCGAUCGUUACAUCGA